AUGAAGUUCAAAACCAAGAAAUCCAGGAGUCUGGUCCUAAAACAAGGGACGCUGGCUGACUACCAUUUCAACCUGAGUGGGGAACAGAUCCCAACCAUCCAAGAGCAGCCUGUCAAGAGCCUUGGUCGGUGGUACACUGAGGACCUCAAAGACACUAAGCGAGUUCAAGAGACAGCAAAGCUCAUACGAGAGGGGUUAGAGGCAAUAGACAACAGUGGUCUGCCUGGAAAACUGAAGCUUUGGUGUCUACAGUAUGGGCUCAUGCCAAGGAUCAUGUGGCCUUUAACAGUGUAUGAGGUAGCUCUAAGCCACGUGGAAGCCAUGGAACGCAACAUCAAUACGUAUGUAAAGAAAUGGCUGGGAGUGCCGAACAGCCUCACAAACAUUGCAAUUCACAGUAGGAAGGCAAAGCUGAAUAUCCCAGUGCGAUCACUUGUGGAAGAGUUUAAGGUGGCCAAAGUGAGAACCUCCAUGACCUUAAGUAACUCCAAAGACCCAGUGAUUAGAAACUUUCAGCCUGAUUUAAGGUCUGGAAGAAAGUGGAGAGUAAGUGCUGCGGUAGAAGAAGCUGAGGCGAGGCUUAGGCACAAGGAAGUAGUUGGUGCGACCCAGACUGGCCGUCAAGGACUUGGGCUGAUUCGUCACAAGUGGUGGUCAUCGGCAACGGAGAAGGAGCGAAGAGAGAUGGUUGUGCAGGAAGUAAGAGAACAGGAAGAAGAGAAGAGGGUUGCUGUAGCAGCCGGACUGGCUAAGCAGGGAAUGUGGACAACCUGGGAGAGUGUUGAGCAAAGGAACAUUUCACUUAAUGUCCUGUGGCAGAUGGAACCUCUCCGCAUCUCGUUCCUGUGGCGCUCCACGUACGAUCUUCUACCGACACCAGCGAAUCUGAGUAAAUGGUAUGAGGAGCGGUCAGACUGUUGUGCAGCAUGUGGGCAGAAGGGCACCUUGCAACAUAUCCUCAGCGCAUGUCCAUCCGCACUCUCUAGUGGGAAAUAUACGUGGAGGCACAACAAUGUACUGAGAGUGAUAGUGGACGCUAUCAAGGGGAGAGUUGAAUGUGUCAACGCCGAGGAGGUACCCGCCGGUAAUCAGUACUUCACCCCAUUUCUGAAGGAAGGUUCCCAGCCGAGGAAAGACACCAGCUCCAAGCGUAAACCUAGCAUCCUUUCAGCUGCAAACGACUGGAAAGUAAAGGCCGACCUGGAUGGGGAAGGCGGUUUCCCACAGGAAAUUGCUCUUACGCUAUUGCGCCCUGAUAUAGUAAUCUGGUCGGAGAGUUCUAGAGAGGUGGUGUUUGGAGAACUUUCAGUGCCAUGGGAGAGCAAUAUAGAGGAGGCUUAUGAACGGAAGUUAACAAGAUAUGCGGAACUGGAGGCAGUGUGCAGGGACAAAGGCUGGAGGUCAUCAUGCUACCCUUUCGAAUUAGGAUGCAGAGGGUUUGUUGCCGCAUCUCUUCACAAAUGGCUAAACAAGAUGGGUCUCAGCAGAAAAGAAAUCAAAUCAACAACAAGAGCAGCAGCAGAAGCAGCGGAGGCAGGAUCUGCAUGGAUCUGGAACAAGUACCUACUUGAGGAAAGGCGGAAGCGAAGCGACCGUUAG